AUUAAAUUCCUGUAAAUGGUGAGGCUGAGGGUAUAUAAGCAGGGACACACAGAAGCCUCGGUCACACCUCGACUAACUCCUUCGGUUUUCACUCGCCUAAGUCAAGCGCAAGCUUCAUCAGAACCAGUAAAGAUGGCCGUCGCUUCCUUGCUCGCUGCCGCUGAUGUGGAUGCAGCUCUUGCUGCCUGCUCAGCUGCUGACUCCUUCGACUACAAGGCCUUCUUCGCCAAGGUCGGCCUUUCCGCCAAGUCCGCCGAUGAUGUCAAGAAGGCUUUUGGCAUCAUUGACCAGGACAACAGCGGCUUCAUUGAGGAGGAUGAGCUGAAACUGUUUCUUCAGAACUUCAAGUCUGGUGCCAGGGCUCUGACCGACAAAGAGACCAAGGCCUUCCUCGCCGCUGGUGACAGUGAUGGUGACGGCAAAAUUGGAGCUGAAGAGUUUGCUGCUCUUGUAAAGGCUUAAAUUUUCAUCUGACCAGGACCCUUCUGUAUUCAAGGAACCAGAACUCACGACAGCUCACACCUUUCUCAGCUUACCUUUUUUUAUAUGCAUAUCUUAUUUAUAAAAGACAUUUAGACGGUUCGCUCAUUUGUGAGUCGGCCGUCUGGAUAGGGGUAUUGCUUGUGUUAGUUGGAUGUUUUAUUUUCGAGCCCAUUGGCUUGUGCAAAUGUACAAUCUCAAAUGCACUUAUGGGGAAGAGUGAAAAACAAGGAAUAAAUAUAGUUUUGGUGUAAUAA